GAUUCCCCCCGAGAAACACUGCGUUCCCUCGCAAAACGUUUGCAUUCUCUCGCAAAGAUAUUUGCGUUGCCUCGCAAACAUAUUUGCGUUAUCUCGCAAGACAUUCAAACGUCCUGUUGUCCCGCUCCGUACAUUAACAAUGGAGCGGUUCAUAGUAUUCCCAAUAACUCGUGAGCUAAACGUUGUUAUAACACAAAUAACACAUAAUUCCUUAGAUUAGGAUCUACAACCCAGUCUUCCUCAAAACGAGAAUAUAAAUUGAUAUCAUCUGAGCAGGCGACAUGGACAAGUUCAAAGGAACCGUCUGCAAAGUGACUGUAGAUCCGAAAAGCGUUACUACAAAAAUAGUCAUUAAUAACUUAAAUGUUACACACUGAAGUCUCACCAAAUUCAGUUUACACAUUAAUGCUCUCCUGCUGAAUUUAAACUGGUUUUAGUUAUACUACAGUAUGUAGCACUGAAGUUAAUGACUAUUAUUAGUAGCCUAAUGAUAUUCGGGUUUUGCACUUUGCAGACGAUCCCUUCGGUAUUGUCUCAGCCGGCUCCUCGAUUUGGCUCGAUUUGUGGAAAAUUAAGUUAAAGUUCAUUGUUUAUGUUACAUAGAAUGAGGUGUAAUUUGUGUUAUAAGAACGUUUAGCUCACGAGUUAUUGGUCCGGGAAUCUGCGACUAUAGACCAAUGUUUAUGUAGCUUACGGAGCUAGUCUUAAAUUCUGCCAGCGGGACAUUAAACAUGAAGUGUUUGCGAGAUAACGCAAAUAUGUUUGCGAGAUAACACAAAAGUUUUGCGAGAUAACGCAAAAGCUUUAAAAAUAUUUUUCUCUUCCCUCUCAUAUUUUUCCCAUCACCGUGUUCCUGAAAGAGCUCCGUACAUUUCUAACAUUUCAAUCAAGAGAGAUUUACCCAGGAUCAAGAUGAACAAAAAUGAAGAGCAUUAAAGGGGAAGAUAAAUAAGAUACACAAACCAGUUUAAACAAUUAUAAAAGUAAAAAGAUAAUAAGAUAUCAAAGUAGAGAAGUUCAAUAAAGUUGUUUAUGAAUUAUAAUAACAGAUAACUAUAUCCAGCCUCUAAAAUAGUUUCAAGAUAAAUAAACAACACACAAGAUGCUGACUUUUCAGCAAUGCAUUAAACUAAUGUAUUAAUGAUUUCAUAAUUAAAACAUCUGUGACUUCAUGAAAAACAAAAAGAAGACAAAAAUGAAGAAUGCAGAAAUGAGUGUGAAACUGGUCAUCUAAUUAUAAUGUGGCUAUAUACCUGCACACCUUUGACACACCAAAUGUGACUUUGGAAAUGCUUUAAACUUUGACCAACAAAAAAAAACUCAAGAAAAAAGUCAGUUGUAAGUUGUCAGUUAUUGACACAAAAUUACACCCAGUAUGUCAUGGAGAAAAAGGAGUAUUCCUUAGUUUUGACGUAGCCUACUGUGUGUGUGAGUCACAGGAGGGAAGACGUGAGAGUAGGGUGUGACCUGAGCUACGGCACAUCUGUAGCCAAUUACACAUCUGCAGUGGGGAUGAUCCGUGAGCUCAAAGCCAGCCUAUAAGUUUUCGGUCUUUGAACAUGAGCAGUUAGUUCAGAUCGAGGAGAGGUGCAUAGAAAACCUUGGUGAAGUGUUAUCUAAAUGAGUCCAGUUUAACAGGUAUGUUCAUAACUUCAUUUCAUUAAUGACUGUGUUUUUUACUAUAGUUUGUUUGGAUAGGCAAUUUUUAUUUAUAUUUAUUUUUUAUUUAUUACAUCUCUGUGAUGACGUAUUGAUGAUAACAAAAUAAAAUGCAAUAUUAAAUUAUUUUACCUGAUAUUUAGUGAAAACAAAGUAAGCUUAUUAAUCAAAUCUGUCCUUAUUUUUAAAUUUCAAAUGUUUUUUAAUAGCUCUUUUUUAAUCAGAUAAUGUAUCUAAAACCAUUUUUUAAUCAAAUUUUCAGCAUUUCAAUCAUAAAAUGGACAUCAAGCUGCAGUAUUAAGAAAAUGUGGCAGAGGGGUUCGGGCAAUACUCACAUUUCUCUUCGCUUUCCUGGUCUUUGGGGUGAUGUUAUGGGCGUACAUUAAAGGUUUCCAGAUAGCCACAUCUCCAUUCAACAUAAUCUCAUUAGGUUUCUACGGAGUGCUGCUCAGCCUCCACAUCCUCGUCCAAAGCUUUUUUGCCUUUGUGGAACAUCGGCGGAUGCGACGAAGAGAGCAACCGUGCAGCUACACUAAGACAAUCGGCUUUACCAUCUCAGCCUAUCAGGAGGACCCAAAUUAUCUGAUGGAGUGCCUUAAGUCCGUACGGGCACUGGAGUACCCAAUUGAUAAACUCCGCAUUAUCAUGGUGGUGGAUGGAAACUCGGAAGACGACCACUACAUGAUGGAGAUGUUCCGUGAGGUCUUCGCAGACCGGGACCCUGGCUGUUAUGUAUGGCAAAACAACUACCACUCUUGGGACCCCAGAGCCCAAGAAACGAACGCGGCUCAAGUUAAUGGCGGGAUGGUUUUUGAGGACCCUCAGCGCUCGGAGGUUGAGGAGCUCAUCAGGACGAAGAGUUGUGUGUGCAUCAUGCAAAAAUGGGGAGGGAAGAGGGAAGUGAUGUAUACUGCAUUCAAGGCACUUGGAUCAUCUGUGGAUUACAUACAGGUAUGCGACUCGGACACAAAAUUAGACCCCCUGGCCACAGUGGAGCUGUGCAAAGUGUUGGAGAGUAACCCGAAGUAUGGGGCUGUGGGAGGCGACGUGAAGAUCCUCAACCUUAAAGACUCUUAUAUUAGUUUCAUGAGCAGCCUGCGCUACUGGAUGGCGUUUAACAUAGAGAGAGCCUGCCAGUCCUUCUUCAACUGUGUCUCCUGUAUCAGCGGCCCCUUAGGUCUGUAUAGGAAUGACCUGCUACAGCAGUUUCUGGAAUCCUGGUACAACCAGAAAUUUCUUGGUACUCACUGCACCUUUGGGGAUGACCGUCAUCUCACCAAUCGAAUGCUGAGCAUGGGCUAUGCUACAAAGUACACUGCCCGUUCUAAGUGUUACACUGAGACCCCUGCUCAGUUUCUGCGCUGGCUGAACCAGCAGACCCGCUGGACCAAAUCCUACUUUCGUGAAUGGCUCUACAAUGCUAUGUGGUGGCACAAGCAUCACCUGUGGAUGACCUACGAAUCCAUCGUCUCGGGGAUCUUUCCUUUCUUUGUCACGGCCACCAUUAUCAAGCUCUUCUGGACGGGCAGUCUAUGGGACAUCUUGUGGGUCUUGUGCUGCAUCCAGCUGAUUGGUUUGGUGAAAGCAGCAUAUGCAUGCUUCCUGCGACAAAACAUGGUGAUGAUCUUUAUGUCGUUGUACUCUGCCCUCUAUAUGACCAGCCUCCUGCCUGCCAAAUACUUUGCCUUCCUCACCAUGACCAAAAGCAGCUGGGGCACAUCAGGUCGCCGAAAGAUGGUUGGCAACUAUAUCCCCCUGUUACCCCUGUCAGUGUGGGCAGCCAUCUUGUUAGGAGGCCUGGCGUUCACAAUCUACAAAGAAAGCAAGAUGAACUGGUCAACAGCUGCUAAAAAAGAGGAAAUCAAGUUUUUGAUAUUUGGAUCUGUAGCUUACGUGUGCUACUGGCUGAUCAUGAUCGGCCUCUAUUGGAUAUGGUUUCGAAGGCUAUUCAGAAGACGCUCACAGACUUAUGCUGUGAAUGUUUAAGAUGGUUAUUUAUUUAUUUAAGAACAUUUGCACAUUUUUUAGAGCCAUAGUUUACAUGUAAGAAUAAUGAAACUUGAGAUAUUAAUGUAAGACUGUUUAGUUACAUAAUUGUACCAACAAUACAUUAUUUAUAAUAAUUUAUAAUUAUAGAGAUUACAAAAUAAUCAGCAGUGACCAGUAAUAUAUAAAAUAUAUCAAAUGUAUUUUUAAAUGAGGCAUAAAGGUUAUCAGAACGCACAGAACCUUGACUAAGGUGUCAGGAUGCAAUAAUAUAUAAAUAAGAACUUUUCUUAUCAUGUUAGUGUAUCUGAAUGAGCUCCUUGAAGUGGAAUUACCUUCUUGAGAUCAUGAACUGAGAAACCCAUAAAACAGACGCAUCUUGUUACAACACAUCAGAACUUCAAGAUCUAAGACACUGUAACGAUCUACAGCACCAUUCACGUGCUACGGAUGUUUUCAUUAUUUAUCACCAAAAUUACUACUGAAUGAAAAUAUGACAAAAAUAUAGAAGUAUUUAUUGAGGAACAAAUGUGGAAGAAAUUUCAAUGUUUUUUUAAUAAGUGUUACUAUGAGAUUAAGUUAUUUAUGCUUUGUAUGUAAUGUGAUAGGCCAUUAUUUUGUAUCUUGUGAAAAAUAUUUAUAAGUAUAUUUAUUGCAAUGUUUGUCAGUGAUAUUUGUUAAAUGUGAAUUCUAAUAUUUGCUAUUUGUUUGUAACAUAGUAGGAGAAUUAAUAAAUUAUUUUUCAAGAAAAACAAUAUGUCCUGAUCUUCAUUAGAUGGAACUGAAUUUGAAACCAGAUCUUUGUUUUGGGCCUAAAACACAAGUCCAGCAUUAUGGACGGAUGCUGUAAACUGUACUCUGAUCAGUUGCAACCUGUACUGUUUGACAUACUGUAGUACAUGCAAUAUUUCACCAUGAAUUAUGAUGUGAUAAAAAUAAUGUGAAAAACCUCUGGUUAAUGUUAACAUAUUUCUAUAUCAUUAAUGCAAACAUAUCCAUUAAGGCAAAUUUUGAGGCAAAAAGUUGAAAGCGCCCUCAUUUGUAACUUGAUUUCAAUCGUAAAAUAAAGUUGCUAGAAUGGUUUCUUUGGAGUGAUGCCACAAAAGUAUGAUUUCUGGUCCCCCAAAUAAUAUUUUAGUCUUAAAGUGAAUCUUGAAUUCUUUUUUGGGGGGAAAUAAUGUGCUUGAUGUCUCUCAAUCCGGCUUUAGGGAUAGACAUAGUACUGAGUCGGCUUUACUGAGGGUCUCCAAUGACUUGUUACUCAUCGCGGCUAAAGCAAAAUUGUCUUCAUCUUAAUAUGACUAAAUCUGAGGUAAUUUUAUUUGGGCCUAAUCAAGUUGACAUAGAUAAAAAUGCUCUUUUAGGAUCAUGGUCAACAAAUGUGCGGUCACAGUUAAGGAACUUUGGAGUAAUUUUUGAACCCAGCUCUUAUCUUUAAAAAUCAGGGCCCGUAUUCAUGAAAGAUCUUAGCGCAAAGUGUUGCUCCUAGUGACAAAAUUCUACGAAAAUUCUUAGGAAUGUGGGUGUUUCCCCUUAAAAUUACAGAAAAGAUCCUAGUAAAGAAAAAAGUAAUUCAUAAAGCAUCUUAACCCUUAAAAGAGCUCUUUUAAGGUCCACAUUUUUAGGAGUAGCGAGGAGGACUUUUAAGAGACUUAAGAGUUUUUUUAACAGCAGAGAAAAUGGACGAAACACGAAAAGUGAGAAGAAAUGUGUUGCAAUGCAUGACAAUUUCCAUAUUACUUUAAAGGUUUAUCAGAUUUUUUUAUUGUUUUUGUGUGUGUUCAACAUUGGUUUAUCUUGGU